CGUAGUUCGCACAGCGAUUAUGUGUCUUUAGGCGCGUUGACGUGCCUGAUAAACGUUCGUGCAGCCCGAUCAUCGGGCCAGGCCAGUAGCUGUCGCGGACGAACGAACGAGGUGUGUGUAUAUGUAUCUGUGUGUGUGACACGUGUGUGCGUACGUGCGUGCAUGCGUGCGUACGCGUGCGAUUACGCGAUUCCGUCGUGUGCGCGCGUGAGUACGCGCGUGCUUGGGUGAUCGCGGGGCCGCGUUUCCGACGUGUUCGGACGAAAUAUGUCAGAGGCUCUGGAAGCAUGAGCGAGGGAGCAGACUCGGUUACGCACACCCACGGGGAUACGCUCACGACCUUGGGCAACGAGCGCGAACGCGAUGCGACGACGCCGUCGCCGUCGCCGACGGAGCCAUCAUCGCUGUCGCCAUUCUCGCCGACGCCGACGCCGCCGCCGUUGCCGUUGCCGCCGUCACCGAUGGCAACGACGUGCACCGGCAGGAGGCCGCGCUUUGGUACCAGUGGUCUCCCUCCGUCACCCUACGUCUGGAUCGACGGCCGUCAGCUGCGUAGCGCCCUGGCGUGGACUAAGAAAAGGCCACCCCGACGAGUCAGCUUUCCUUUGAACGAUAGUCACCUAGUGACAGGAUACCUUGAGCCUGAUAAUCCCUGGAAACACACUGAAAAUGUGAAUCGUGAGGACUUAAUCUUUGCAUACAAGGAGUCUUGCGCUCGUCAUGCCACCAAACCCUUGCAAAAUGUUUUAGUUCAACUCGAGAAUUUAGAUAUAUCUCAAGACCGUUGCGAGGAGCUGAAUUUGAGAGGAGAAGUCUUGAAUCAGAAUCAUAUCGAACCAUUGGAGGAGAUACUGAAGAGAGUACAGUUUAAUAAAGUUAUUUUAGAAGGAACAUUUCUUACUGAUGAGAGUUCCGUGAUAUUAUUUGAUAUGAUGGAAUAUUAUGAAUCCGCAAGACACUUAAAUAUUUCAUCUAAUCCAGAAAUCGGAGUGCGCGGCUGGCAAGCGUGCUCGCAUAUGAUUAAGAAGACUGAGAGUUUAGAGGAGUUUGAAGCGGGAGACAUAAAGUUUGAUGAACAAAACAUGAACACUCUGACACGUGCACUACGAGUAGUUUGCCACUUGCAAAUCCUUAAAUUGGAAAACUGUGGAUUAUCGGGGAGAGCAAUUAUCAUGCUUGUUACAGCCCUAAAAAUAAAUAGUGGUAUACGAGAACUAUAUUUAGCCGAUAACGGACUUGACUUAUACGACGCUAUACAGCUUGGAUCUCUCUUAAGAAUGAACAAUCAGUUGCAAUUGCUUGAUAUUAGUAAUAAUAACGUCCAGGACGACGGAGUACGAGAUAUAUUGGAGGGUCUGAUCAAUCAAGUGAAUGAGGACAAAACUGGCAAGGGACUUAGCAUCCUGAUAUUAUGGAAUAAUCGUCUGACCAAGAAAUCAUCACCUUACUUCUCAAGGAUUAUAGCAUUAUCGAAAACCUUGGAGACUCUGAAUAUUGGCCAAAAUAUGUUAACGGAUGAGACAUUGAGCAUCGUUAAUGAAUCAUUGAAGCAAAAUCGUGUUCUCCUACAAUUGGGCAUGCAAUCUACGGAACUCACAUGUGAUGGAAUAAUUACACUCGCUGAAAUAAUGGAGACGAAUCAAGUUUUGCAGAGGAUAGAUUUACGGGAUAAUACUAUACAGAUGCGCGGAAUGCAUGCUCUCGUGAAUGUUAUGAAAAAGAACAAGACCAUUACACAGAUCGAUUUGGAUGACAAACCUCGGAUAAGAAUAGACGGUCCCUUGCACGAGUAUAGAAUAAUGGCUGCGGAGAUUCGCAAUUAUUGUAGCCGGAAUGAGGAACGCCGUCUACUAGAGGAAUCCACCGAGGAUGUUGAGAGUCCACGGCAUUCAAGCCGAUUGCUGAACGCGAGUUCCCGUAAGAUCUCGCUUACCUGUCAGACACUGCCAAGUCCGUCGCGAUCGGUGAUGUUAGCCGCCGAUGAGCCGGCAACGCGCAUGCUGGAGCCAAAGCGCACUAGCGGAGGCCGUUUGCGCUCCCCGGCUCCCAGUCCUAUUCCCUCUCCCGUGGCCAGUCCAAUCCCCAGCCCAUCCCGGAAUCGCUUCGUCGUGUGUCGAGUAUCGGAAGCAUCGUUGCGUUCUGCCGACUCCUCGGUGUCCUCUUCGCCGGUCACACCGCCGUCCCUUGGCUCCUCCCCGUCCCUCGGUUCUUCCCCGUCUUUCUUCCCCAAUACAAGCGGCGGUCCGUCGCGGUUCCGCGUGUCGGUCGUCGAGUCGGCCGGCGCCGACUGCUCGUCGCCCAAAUCGGUCGUCGCAUCCUCCAGCGGCAGCUCAGUCACAAUCGGUUUUAACGUCACACUCAACACGGCCGACUCCGACGAUCGUGGCAGCGCAACCAAGAUGGACACGCAUGUGACGCAAGCCGCUAAUGAUAGCACAACCGUGUCUGUAGAUACGCUUAAUGUAGUUGCGACAUCGACAAAAAUGUCCCCAAACGAAGAUAUUGCCAAAAGUGAAGAUAGUUGUGACAAAGGAACAAAAGGAAAGGAGGAACGAUCGGAUGUAUACCAAGUUGAACAGCGAUUUUGGACAGAUAAGAGCAUUACUGGAACGUGUAGGAAUGAACGCGAUGCAGUAACGAAAGCUGAAGAAGAGCGAUUAGUUCAGAAUGACGCAACUGCGAUAUUGCAAUCUGAAAAAAACGAGGAUAUCAUGACGAUUCGCAAAAUACAUUGCGAUGUGGCGGCGAACGAUGUUACAAGAGAUCUCGAUAGUAUUGCGACGCCCGAUAGGGAUACUAAGGCGAUCGAGGAUCAGCGCAUUGUGUAUACGAGUACAAAAGAACUACAGGUACCUGCAUAUCCGAACGAGGAUACGGCCUCGAUGAGGAUUAACGUAGUCGAGGAUAAAGCCUUGAUAAAAUCAUCCUCGGAUGACACAUCGGAAUUGCGCGUAAAUUGGACGACUUCAGAAGGAUUGUCCUCUUGCGCUUUGGAGUCUUCCGUAAGUACUACCUCGACUCACAUAGCAGAGUCACAUUCACGAGAACAGGCAAAUACGUCAGUGCAGAGGCACAAGUCCAGUCUAGAGAAACUUCUGUCCUUGUUCCAGCAUCCUGGCCAAUUCUUCUCAGACUCUUCAAGCGCUGCCGCAGACACGAAAAGUUCUUUGCAGGAGAACGUAAGUGGUAUGAUGGCAUUGGGCGAUAAGCUGCAGCAGUACCUGAAGGAAGGCCGAACUAAGAUUAACACCGAAAGUUCAUGGUCUUCAGAACCUGGAUCUUUAUUGAAAAAUAGAUCAGUGAGAGUAAAUGUAUCGCAGUUACAGAGUCUGACUAACAUAUUUGCAUCUUUUAAGCUCGAACCUCAACCGAGUCUCAUUGAACAUAAUACCAAAUUUUUUGAUCAGGAGAAGGAUCAGAAUACGAAUGUUAGAGAGAAAGAUUUGGAAAAAUCGACAGAAGUCGAAAUUGCGAGGAUAAACAAAGAAGAUUUAUUUAAUCAGAAGAAAAAUCAAGUUGUGAGAAACGAUGGUAAUAAUCUGAUCGGGCAAGAGGUCGGCAAAGGUAAUUCACGUAGUCAAGAGCGAAAUCGGAUUAUCGAAAAUGAUGAGAGUAGUUUAAUCGUUAAAGAAAAUAAUCAGAUCAUUGUCAGGAAUGACGAGGACGAUUUAUUCGUCCAAGAAAAUAAUGAAGUGGGGAGAAAAGACGAAGAGAAGUCAUUUAAUGAUAUCAAAGACGAUGAAAAGAAUUUAAUCGGUCAGGAAGAGAAUCAGGUUUUGAACGAUGAGAGUAAUUUAUUUGUUCAGAUAAAAAAUCAGGUUGUGAAAACCGAGAGAGACUUAGAAGAUCAAGAGAAAGAAGAAGUUAUUAGGAGCACUAAUAAAAGCUUUGAGGAUCAAGAGAAAACUCAGAUUAUUGAAGACAAUGAGAAUGUACAAAAUCAAGGAAGAGAUGAGAUUGUGAAUAACAAUGAGCACUAUUUAAUCAAUCUGGAGAAGAUGUCUGUGAGAAGCAGCGAGAACUUGGAAGAUCAGAACAAUAGGAUCGCGAGAAACGAUGAGAAAGAUUCCAUGGAUAUACAAAUUGUACAUAUUAAUGAAAAGAGUGUUACGGAGGACAGUGUGCGUUGCACAGAUAAAUUACAAUGGACAAAGUCUGAUCUUAGUGAUCGACUGUUACCUGAAAGUGUGCAAUCAAAGGAUGAUUUUGUUGAUAAUUUAGUAUUAGAUAGCGGCUAUGUCGAGCCGGAUGUGGCGGCUUCAUCGUUGCCAGCGAGCAAAUCCACUGUAUGUAUAGAUAUAAAGUUAAUGGAUGUAGCCGGAUAUUCUGCUUUAGAAUUAAGUAAGACCGACAGUACAGGGUGUAAUGAUGAUUUUAUUAGUAAUGAUGAGAAUCGGGGAAAACGUGAUGACGCGCAGAAUUUAGGACAUGCAGAGCGUAAUAAUAUUGAACGCUUAAAACGCGACAAUCUGGAAGAUUUAGAAUACGGAGCGAAAGUUUUAGGGAAUAACGACACAGAGUGUUUAAAACAUAAUGAUGCAGUUGGAGGAGCGAAUGCCUUAACGGCGAGGACAUGUGAUACAACCACGGACAGUAUUAAUCAGACUAGUGAUAAUAGUUUUCCGAUUUGUAACAUAGGGCAUGAUAGGAAAACCGUAGAUAGCGUAAGUACUACGAAAUCGUCGACGAAUUCGGACGACGAUGUCGGCAUGAUUAAAUAUUCACCAGGCAACUGCGGGAUGUCGUGGAACGAUAUCUGGGCAUCGUCGACAUUAACAGAUGACGUCGAGGUGUCAUCGAGGUCAUUGAAGGACGUUGACUCGGAGCACUUAAACGAGGAAGUUACCAAUAGCAUGUGCUGCGUUGUCGACCAAGAUCGUCGAUGCGAAUCUAUAAAGAGGAAAGAGGAAAAGGAGGACCUGGUGGAAGUCCUUGAUAAUGAUGCUUGCCGCAUUUCCGCCGACCAUAAAAGUACAAGUGUAAAUAUUAAGGUAGAACCAUGUGAAUCGGUGACGACGAAUUCUGGGAGCCAGAAGGCGCUCGGGGAGCAUCUUGAAGGACAGUCUUUUAUGCCAAAUAAUGUCGAUACACAUCGAACUAUCCUUAAAGAGACCGAGACCGAGGAACAGCCGGAAGAUGUCGACGAUAGCAGGCGGAUCGACCCGACCAUCCUCGUCACGCCAUCAUACGAGACGUCUGCAAAUCUAGACAAGUCCGACGCGGAGGAGCUCAUAUUCUGCAUGACGGACAUCUCCACGGACGGCACAUCCGUUGAGGACGAGCUGUCGCCGAGUGUUCCGUCCAGAAGUUCGCCGAAUGAAGGUGCCAAGGUGACGGAGUCGUACUUCGAGCUGUCUGCUUCGAGGACUACAUCGACGAGCACGCUGCUAAUCGAGAAUCCCGAGAGUAUGCACAGGAACAGCCAAGAUUCUGGUAUCGAAGAAACUGUUUUGACGAUCGACGACGCUGUCGUCGGAACGGUGGACACGCAUCCAUUGCCGCCGCCCCGCAGCAGCCUUCAGGAGAGCGUGGACUCCGGGAUCGAGUCGGAGUGCUCAUCGAUAUGCAUCAAGGCAGAGUCCGCAGCCGAGCGGACGCUGGAGGUUGGCAUGGUCCCGAAGAGGCCCUCGCGCGACGACACCGGUGUGGACGAUGACAAUGACGAAUACGGGGAAUUCGCGUCGGAUUUCUUAGCGAGGGAGGCAGGACUGGUAGAUAACGACAGCAUAAACGAUGGCGUCGCGCAUUCCUACCUCAACAGCAUCAAAUGUACGAUCGUCAGUACGGCACGGCCCAUCUCCGACGAAGACGUCGCGCACUCUCCCGCAGCCGUGCAUGGCACCAGCCCGAAAUAAUGCAG